AUGUUCGAUGGCUGCGAAUGGAUUCCAUAUCUGCCCGGUAGUAUCUGGAGUGAGACUAAUGAGAAGUGGAGUGAAGGGUCAGUUGCUUGGAGAGUAGUGGGUAUGACUCCAAACAAGUUUUGGCCAGAUACUUUGAAUGAAGAUGAGAUUAGACGAACAAGCUUCAUGUCGAUAGAGUUAGCAAAUGUGUUUCCAAGGAAAUGGUAUUUCAUUAUUGAGUUCCCAAGUGGAAGAUUUGAGAUUGGCUACUAUGCACAGCCUGUUGAUGUAGGCAGCUAUGUGAUCCUUGAAGCAGAUAGAGGAGAGGAUUGUGGAAAGAUUGUGAAUGCUAUGGACGAAUACAAAUUUGAGAGUCAUCUUAUGAAGAUAAAAGAUGCAAGGAAGGACCUUGUGCUGAUAAAAGUGAUUAGAAAAGCAUCUGGCGAUGAUAUACAGAAGCUGGAUAAAAAAAAAGAGAUGGAGUACAUGUCACUAAAGCAAUGCAGAGAGAUGGUUAGUGCCAGAAGACUGAGUAUGGAUAUUCUGAGCUGUGAAUACCAAUGGGAUGCCAAGAAAAUAACAUUCUACUUCAGGAGUGAUAAACGAAUAGAUUUCAGGGAUCUUCUGAAAGAUCUAUUCAAGAUAUUCAAAGUACGAAUCUGGAUGUGCGCAGAAAGGAGAUCUAAUGCAGAGCUUAUUAAAAGAAUCAUAUGA